GAGCACCGUCGCAAAGUAAAUAAUAAAAAAAAUAAUAUUAACUCCACGUCAUAUUCGAAUAAAAUUAAAUUUAUUGGAUUUAUUUUUCCAUUCCUUCUAAUUUCCGUUUGUAUUAGAUUACAGAAGAAGCAUUUUGCAUAUGUGAGAAAAAUUAAGAACGUUAAAUCAUUAGGUAUACCAAUUUGAAAACUCCUGUCUUUGACAAAGAAAGAAAGGCUCUAUAGAAAAAUAGUGCUGAAUGUUUUGAUAAGCGAUUAUGCGAUGCAAUCAAGAGCCAGACGUCGUUUCAAUCCAGAUGAAGCAAAUGAGUCGUUUUCUGUGAUUACCAUUGGCGGUGACGGACAUCCGAGUGGCAACAACACAGUACCUGGCUCGGAGAACGGCGAGGCGAACGAACAAUAUAAGGAGAAACCAAAAUAUCCAACCUUCGGCGGUAACAGCUGGUUGCCAGCGAUACCACAGAAACUUUUGUCCAGUGUCAUCAAUCACAGCUCCUUUGGCUUGAACAAUAAUCAAAAACAUUCUGAUACACCGACUACAGUGACUCCUUAUUUAGCUGAAGACGAAGAUCUUGAUAUUUUUAAGGACAACGAACCAGAAUUCAUAAUGACGGCCAGAGAUAGAUCAACGGAAUUUUCCAAUGCAAUACGGUCUUUGCAAGGUCGAAACAUACAACGAGCUGUUAAUGUGAAGGACCCGAAGAAAGCGAAACAGUUGCAAAGCUAUUCGGAGUUUAUGAUGAUAGCCAAGCAUAUCGGAAAAAAUAUUGCUAGCACAUACACCAAGUUAGAAAAGUUGACGAUGUUGGCUAAACGAAAAACUCUUUUCGAUGAUCGGCCUGCCGAAAUUCAGGAACUAACGUACAUCAUCAAAGGGGAUCUGAAUUCUUUAAACCAGCAAAUUGCUAGACUACAAGAAAUAUCCAAAUCGCAGCGUAAAUCAACCACCGGAAAGCAUCUACUGUCACAUUCCUCCAACAUGGUAGUCGCUCUCCAGGCAAAAUUGGCCAACAUGAGCUCGGAUUUCAAACAGGUUUUGGAAGUACGAACUGAAAAUUUGAAGCAACAGAAAACGCGACGAGAUCAGUUUAGUCAAGGGCCAAUAUCAAGUAGCUUGCCACCAUCGACAAUGCGCGGGUCAACCCAGGGUAGCUUGCUCUUGCAAGAGCAAGACCAAAUAAGCAUCGAUAUGAGCGUACCCGGAGGCGGUCCCAAUUCGGAUCGUGUUCCACUGCUUCAGCAGCAACAGCAACUGGUGCUUUACGAUGAAUCUGACAGCUACGUGCAGGAACGUGCUGAAACUAUGCAAAAUAUUGAAAGUACCAUCGUUGAACUUGGCGGAAUAUUCCAGCAACUUGCACAUAUGGUCAAAGAACAGGAAGAAAUGGUAGAACGAAUCGAUACCAAUCUGCAGGACGUAGAAAUGAACGUCGAAGCGGCUCAUGGAGAAAUUUUGAAAUAUUUCCAAUCGGUUACCAAAAACCGUUGGCUGAUGAUUAAAAUCUUUGGUAUCCUUAUACUUUUCUUUAUAUUCUUUGUCAUUUUCUUGGCAUAGAAAUUGCAAGUAAUGUGGCCUGUUUUUUCAUGUUUCAAAUGUAAUGAUAUUGUUGAAGGUUCUAAGUUGGUGAUAAUUAAACAUGCUGAUAUACUUUAACAUCCUUAAACACUUUUUUGUUAAAUGUAAAUAAACGCGUAUUAUUCAAAUCAACAAUAAAGAAAUAUUUUAGCAA